AUGGACAGGUUUAGCAGACAGAGCGGCAGCCGACCGGUGGUAUUCGUAGCGUUACUUCUAUUGCUUAUUGCAGAAGUGGAAAAUGUGAUGGGAAUUAAGUGUUACCACUGCACUGUGGCACCACCGAGUCGUCAUCAAAAUAACACCAAAACGCAGCUAUGUUCCAAAUUCGACGAAUCCAGCUACUAUGAAGUGGACUGCCCUUGGUCAACCAUGUGCAUGAAGCGUAUUUUUAAGCUGAAACUAUUGAAGGGCGAACAAGAGACGGUGAGCCGUGGUUGUGCCCAGCAGAAAAACACGGAACAGGUUUAUAAAUCCGGUUCCUGGACGCCGCAGCACAAUAUCGAGGAACCGUACACGGAGGGUUGCCAAACGAUAGACGAUUCAAUGUACUGUUUUUGCCGGGGGUCUCUCUGCAAUUCGGCCACGAAAGUAUCAGAUAGAGCCAACUAUCACACGGACGCGAUGGCCGUUAUAUUUGUGUUUAAUGUGAUGAAAUACAUUCGCAACAUAGAGCACUAA